AUGUCGUCGGAAAGCUUCCAAAGACGACUUACUCAACAUACAAAUGCUCUCAAUACUUCCAUAGACGGUGCUACGCAAACACUUUUGUCUCGAUUUCAGGAUAUUGCAGAUAUUGCAAUGAACCAAGGAAAGGAUAAAAAUACAGUAUCAUCAGAGGUAUAUCAAAUUGAGUGUCACACUCUUUCGAUGAUUCGUGCUGUGGAACAGCUACUGGAUAUAUCAAGGCAAUUAAAAUCGUUCUGGUUAUGCAAUUCUUCAUCUACCACCGUACCAAGUUUGCACUACAACGAAACAGAUUUAGAGCAACUAAAGACAAAACUGACUUCACUUCAAAACAUAGGACUCGAUGUAAAAAGCUCCCUGGCUAACAAUACAGCCGAAUCUCAUGAAAUGAAUUCUGACGUCGCAAGCUAA